GUUGGUAGGGCUUCUUUCGAACGCCUCAUCCGCGAACCACACCUUCGGGGAAGCCACAAACUACGAACCAACCAACGAACCUAGACUAACCAUGUCCGUGUCCAACCUUCUCAACAUUCGUCCCUCCAGACCAUCAACAUCAGCCACUCCCUCCUCCUCAUCCAUAAUAAUGUCGGACCGAACCUCACACAUCGCUAUACCAGCCUACGAAAAGCCGUUGCUACCUCUCACGGCCAAGGAGAUACAGAGCCUCACCGCACUAAUUAAUACACGCUCUGGUAUCGCUAAGGUCUCGGAUACUAUCGCGUCUGCUAUCACCGUCCUGGGGAAUGCAACUCUUGAGUUAUACCCUGACCCCGAGGAGGAGAAUGAGGGAAAAGAAAAGGCUAUGACGGAUAUGGAGAGGCUCGCUCGGGAGUUGGUGGAUGAGAACAAGCGUGCGCUGGAUAUGAAGGAGACUUUGGAGUCUAUUGUCGACGCGCAGAGGCAAGCUUUAAUGAGGGGAGAUGAACCGCGGGAAUCCAGUGAGGAACAGGGUUUGUCUGGUCAAUACGAGAGUAUACUUGUAGCGAAGAAGAGACAUUGGGACGCUAUGAGUAAUACAGAAAAAUACACAACCUCCCCAGAAUACCUCGACUUCCGCCGCUCGCACUGGGAAGCUCGUAACCCAGAAGUGCCCUUACCACCAACAAGAACCUGGUUCUCUUCCGGCGCCUCUGGCGCUCAGGACGAUGAAUCCGACAUCGAAAUUGCCCAGGAAAGACAAAGCUACAAAUGUCCUCUCACUCUCCGUCCGUUUGAGGAUCCUGUUAGGUCGACCGUUUGCCCUCACGCUUUCGAAAAGGGAGCUAUCGAAGACAUGAUCAAACGUUCCCGCCUCAACGGUGUGCCCUGUCCGACGCCUGGUUGUACGAAAAUGCUCACCCUGAGAGUGUUGAAGAGGGAUUCGGUCUUGAAAAGGAAAGUCGCUCGCGCACUAGCGUUGGAGAAGAGGAACCGGCAGAUGCAGGAAGACGAGAGCGAAGAGGAGGAGGAAGAAGCUAGCGGGGAGGAGGAAGCACAACCCGGCCCUUCCUCAAGGAGAGGAAAGAGUAAGGCUGAGCUUAGGAAGAUCAAGAUUGAGAAGGGGGCAAAGAAGUUCAAAGGAAGUAAGAAGCCUGUCGCAGUAAGUAGCGAGGAAGAAGACGAAGAGGUUGAUGCAGAUGCUAUGGACGAGGAGGAAGACUGAUAAUCCUUCCACAUCCUUCUCCAUUUUUCACGUUUGUGUCAAGCUACUAGACUGUCGUAUUCUCAAUGCCCUUUAAAUAUAAUUAGCGAUAAUUACGGCUUUCACUUUUGUUGUGUUAUUGCAUCGAUAGUGAGUAACCGAUUUGUCAGCAAUCAGAAAUAAUAAACGCCUUGCCGAUCU